CCGGCGCCGCGGAAGGGUUGGCAGGCCUGGGCGGGGCGCGAGCGAGGGCCAGCCUGGAUGACGAUGUAAACAAACUCGGUUGGUGGAGACUCGAGGCUUCCCCCCUGCAUGAUUCAGCACCUUCUCUAAGCUCCCCUGGACGCCAUAUUUCUCGCGUAGUUCCUUAACCGCACGCACGCACCCGAGACUAGCAUGGAGAGCAGACCAACCAAGACUUUGAUUCAGCAUUGAUCUGUUAAUACAAACCCACUCAAGUUUUGUACUUCCAACCUGCCAGCCCAGAACAUCACAGUAAUGAAUGUCCAAGCCGGUCCAGCUCUACAUGGUUCUGACAAAGAAGAUUUCUGGCCCCCGCUGUCACCAACCCCAUUUGACAUUAGUGACGAUGAACUGGUCUGCGCUAGUGUCAGGGACCUCAAUCGGCAGCUAAAGCUCCGGGGGCUCUGCAGAGAGGAUAUAAUGAAGGUGAAACAACGAAGAAGAACAUUAAAAAAUAGAGGCUAUGCAGCAAGCUGUCGAAUCAAGAGAAUAGAGCAGAUUGAUGAAUUGGAGUCUGAGCGAACAACAGAACAAGUUGACAUUGAGAAACUUAUUAAUGAAAACCACAAUAUGCGAACUGAGAUUGAUCGGUUGUUCCAGAAUUAUGAAGCCCUUAAAAAAUUUGCUGACCAGAAGAAUAUACCCCUUCCUCCAGAUUUGGAGACCCUAUGAUCUUCAGUGAAAUGCAAGUGUUUUCAUAGUCAUUCUUUGUGCAUUAUUGAUGUAAUGCAAAAGUCCAUGUUGCCUUUACUAAUGAAGUUCAAAUUCAGGAUUAAUAUAAGUCAUGGUUAAUACCAUGUUAAGACAGUAGUAAAACUGAUCGAACUUGAAAGACACGAGAUCUAAUAUUUUAGAAUUCUGUAAAAUGCAUUAAAUUCUUAGACUAUUUUUCCUGCUGUAGAAAAGGUAUUGUUUCAUUGGAUACAUUUGAUUAUUGUGCAUGUCCAUGCAACUACUUCCACUGUACCUUAACUCAAUCUGCUAGUGCAUAUUUUGUAGAAGACCUCAGAAGUGUGGCUUUUCAAUUGACAUUAUCAUGGUCUCAUAUUUGUGAUAGGCUCUUGUGUGAUAGAUUAUUAUUAUUAUUAUUAUUUUAUUUUUAUUCUUUUGUAGUGUUAAGGCAUCUCCCAAAAAUCAUCCCUUUUCAUGUAUGUGCAACUCUUUCUUUUAAGGCCUACCAUUAUUAUUUUUAUGUUGUUAGCACUGAUGUAUGAAAUUACUAAAUUACUCAUAUAUUACACUUAUUCUAUUAAUGUAGAUUGUUUCUUGUAAGCAUUGCCAUGCACUGAAACACUAAACAACCUAUUCCAUGUUAGUCCAGGCAUCACAUUAGCCAAGGCCUUACAAAUGGACGAAACUACUUUAGAGUUGCAUGUGUCCUUGUCAUAUGGUUUGCACUUGGGUUAAGAUGAUCUUGGUGUUAAGACACCUCCUCUGUUAAAAGCCCCAGUUUACAGGGGCUUACUCUUAUUUUGUUGCAUUUUAUAUAUAAAGUCUUGCACCUGUGAUAAGUCUCAGCCCAAAUAUUCUCUAGACUCAUAGUGUUUUCAGUUGAUUUUUGUGUGUUGCCUUUUUUUGUGCACUAAUCCUAAUGUUUAGGGUAAAUCUCAUUGUAGGAUAUUUAAUGUGUUUAUUCUUGUAUUACUUUCAAAACCUUUGUUUAGAUUUUUUUUUUUUUUUUUUUAGUAUCUUGGUAAAUGGCUUGCCUGUAGGCUCACCAGUGCAGUAGGUACUUAAUAAGACCAGUGACAAUAAGAUGAAAAUAAAAAGGAUAAUGAAAUGAAUGAUACUACAUCUAUGUUUUAUUUUCCAAACAUCUAUUAUUAUUUACUUUAUCAAUUAAGGUAAGAGAGUGAAAAGGUACAAAAAUAGAUUAAUGUUUAUGAAAUAUAAGAUUUUCUUGCACUAGUCAGCUAUUGUAGGGGAUCUCUAUUUCUAUUUAUUUUUCCUUUUUUUAACCCAUUGAUGCAGGGUAAAUGCACAAUAUACUGUUGUUUUGUUUUAUAACUUUCCUGAACACAUUUUUAGUUUUUUAGGAGUCAAAUUCUAGACAUUCCUGAUUUUGCCUGUUUAUCCCAUUUAAAUUUUCUUGUAAAAUCACUAUGAAUAUUAUAAUAAUUAUUAUAAUGUUAUUAACACUGAUAAUGAAGAAAAAAAACUUUUCCAUAAAUUUAUGGAAUGGGAUAAAUAGUAAUUGAGUACUUGAUAAAGUCUAUAAAAAAAAAUCCUCAGUGGACAAAACAUGCACUCCUGGCUAAACCAAUGUGCUGGGAGGGCAAGGCAUGCAUGUCAUGUUCACUGUGAAUUGUUUAUUAAUUUUGUGGAUGCAUAAAUUACUCCACAAAUACUUAAUCACCAAGGAUCCAUUAGUAAUCCUGUCUCUCAUUUACCCUUUGAUUUUUGGAGAGAUAAUUUUUUGAAUUAUUUUAUAGGUAAUAGUAUUGUUAUUAACACUGUAAUAAUCAUAAUGCCAAUGAUGAUAAUAACAGUAAUUAUAUUGUUUGCAUAAAAGAAUCCCAAAAUUAAAGGAAUGGGGAAAUCAGGGGAGGUCAUGUAGGGCCUGCUAAUUGACUCCUUGGUGACUGAGCAAUUGUGGAGCCAUCUGUGUGCCCCAAAAUUCACAAGAAAACUACAGCAGACAGGACAUGUACCCUGUGCCAAAGGAUUAAGCUAACGGUUAGGAUAAUAGAU